GUUCAUCUCUAACAUAGAGACAUUUGACUGUUGAAACUAAAAAUGCAAAAACGCAGGAGACAAGUUACAACAUCGCCGCCUGCCGCAAGCACUCUCCCCUCUGCCUUGUUGUUUCUUCCUUCUCAGUAAAUAAAUCAGGUGAACAACCUCUAAUUAUUCUCGUCCUUUCUUUUAACGAUUGAGACUUCGAAAGGGCAAAAGAGGCAAAAUUGACAAAUUGACGGUGACGUAGUACCUGCCGUGGAAACGCGAUUUCCAGAAGCUUGGAUUUGUAGCUUCAUGUAAACUCGCGUUUGAGUGAAGAUUCGCGUUCCAGAGAUUCACGUUUGAGUUUUAUCCAAACGACCCAAAAAACAGAAAACGCACGUUUUGGUUGGCAAAAGCGCGUUUUGGUUGUCUAAACGCUUAACCAAACAGAGGCGCAACAUAUCUUUGAUUUUGGUCGACGACGGUAGGAACUUACUUGCAGAGAGACAAAGGAAGCUUUAUUUUUUAUUCCAAAAAUAAAAUAAGGAACAGGACCCGUGGAUCGGACGGUCUGUAUUGACCUACUAAAGUAACUGAAUCCUCCUCAUCCUCGAUUAUCACAGGAAAAGGGCGAUGGUGUUCAAAAACAGAUACAUGGUGAUGGAGGUUUUUAUGAAUCCUAACAGGGACCAAGCGGCCGGUGAUUCUAUUAUAAUUACUCAGUUUAAUGUCUCUAAUGCUAUAAAAGAUAGCAUUUUGGUGAAUUUUGGGGAGUGUGGUUUGGCUGCAUCACUGGGAUCAUUUCAGGUUAAGUAUGUGAAUCCAAUUACUAAUAUGUGCAUCAUUAGAGCUUCAAGGGAGGAGUAUGAAAAAGUAUGGGCUUCCAUUACAAUGCUCAGAAGUAUUGGACAUUACCCGGUGGUGUUUAAUUUGCUUGAUUUAUCUGGAAAUUUACAGGCUACUAAAACUGCUGCAUUGAAGUGUGAGAAAGCAAAAUUUGAGCAGUAUAAGCUUAUGGUUGGUGAUCGAUUAUCAGCCGAUGAUACUCAUCGCAUGAAUAAUUAUCUUGCAAAGAUUGAAGUUUUGGAGCACUGAAUACUUGGCCACACUAUCAAGGUGCCUCAUUAAGCUUUCUCAGUCUGUGUUCAGUCACAAAUUUUGUCCACAGUUCUUGAAGUUUAAAUCUUUCGUUAUAAUCAUAAGCUUAAUUUUAGUGCAUACUCUCUUCCUAGAAGAUGGCAUUGUGGUUUUCCUAACAUAUGGUAUAGUAAUAUCUUUAGCCAUGAGUGAAGAGGCUUGUGAAAAUGUGUAAAAUUGCAAUCCAAUAGUAGUUAUAGGGACAUAGUUUCGGAGGGAAACUUGUUUUCAUUUGUUUCUUUCAUUUGCCUUCACUUCAAUUUUCUAGAUUUUUAGGAAGUGAUACAAUGUAUUUAUCGAUUAGCUUUUAUAUUAAUUUCAAACAAUUAAAGCAAAUUAUUCUUAUAUAUCA